GAACUUGAGAGCAUCCGCAGUAGAGCAGCUGCAGAGAGUUAAAAGCAAAAAAGAUGCAGCUGAAAACGGUAGCGCCUGGCUUGGGGUAAAUUCUCUGGUUUGGAUGAGCGGUUGGGAAGGCGAAACAAGUCAAGUCAAACUUUAGAAAAGAUUGUGGACCGUGCGCCAUCCAGUGGAAAUUAAAUUCGGUUGGUCUCCGUGAUUGGAGCCCGGGGUCCAGCUGGAACUUAAACUGACUUCAGAUAUUGUUUGCAUUUGGAUCGUACAGAGCCUACAAACUUCUAAAGCUGAGAAGACAGAAAAUGAUGUCUUUGGACAAUUUUGACAGGACAGUCCGGAGCCCAGUUGUUCCAUAUGCUGGAACCUUAAUGGAUGGUCUUUCACCUGGAGAUCUUGUAAUAAUACAUGGAUUUGUUCCUGAAGAUUCAGAGAGGUUCCAGGUGGACUUUCAGUGUGGUAACAGUGCAAAACCUCGUGCCGAUGUAGCCUUUCAUUUCAACCCUCGGUUCAAAAGAUCCGGUUGCCUAAUUUGCAAUACCUUACAGAAAGAAAAAUGGGGCACAGAAGAGAUUACUUAUGAGAUGCCUUUCGAAAAAACAAAACCUUUUGAGAUAGUUUUUAUGGUUCGCCAUGAUAAAUUCCAGGUGUCAGUUAAUAGAAAGCAUGUGUUGCUGUAUAAACAUAAGAUUAAUUUGGAAAAAAUUGACACUCUUGCAAUAUCAGGAAAAGUGAAAGUUACGUUGAUUGGAUUUGUUUCCAACAAGGAAGAUGUACCUGAUAGCUCACAGUUUGUAAUUCCUUAUUCAGCGAAACUUAAUUAUUCUGUUGAGCCUGGACGAACAAUUGCUGUUAAAGGAGAAGUUAAAGAAAAAGCAAAUGGCUUUGCAAUUAAUCUUAAACCGAGUGAGUCAAGCGAUAUUGCUCUUCAUUUGAAUCCCCGAAUAAAAGACAAUGUUUUUGUGAGAAAUUCUUAUCUGUUCGAUAGCUGGGGAGAAGAGGAAAGAUCUAUUGCUCAUUUUCCUUUCAGGCCAGGAAUGUACUUUGAGCUACUAAUUUUCUGCAAAGAUCAUCAAUAUGAUGUUGCUAUCAAUGGCGUGCAUAUUCUAGAGUACAAACAUCGAUUUAAGCAGCUUGACAAGAUCCGUAUAUUGGAAGUCUUCGGGGAUGUUCAACUACUAGAUGUAAGAUGUUGGUAGUUGUGCAGUACCUGUGUUUUAUUAAUUGCUUGCCAGAGAAUCAUCUUGAUAUAACUGACAUUGUACCUAAAUGUAAAUGGCAGUUGCAAUCCGGAAAGAAACUCCAUUGAACUCAAUAAGGACUGCCUCAUCAGUGUUCAGUAAAAUUAGCAGGCUUCUGCAUAUUUCUGUGCAAUAUAUACCAUGUUUACAUUAAGAUUGUUUACCUAGGCAACAGUUUUUGUAUCUCAAUCUACUGCCUAGCAUUGUUAAAAAUCUAUAUAAUUAUAAUUUUCUGCUGAGGUUUAUAGAGAAUAUAUGAAUUUCCAAACUAUAAUUAAAAUUCCGAAAGUGCAAAGCAAUGUGGAA